AUCGUAUAAGAUCAUAGCACUCCAUAAGUAGAGCAUAGACACAGUACAGUAUCCUAGAGUCACAGCAUUUGCUCCGUUCAUCACCAUGGCCACACCCAACCCCACACCGCCGCUCUUCACCAUCCCCAUCACCUCCACCAACGGCACCUUCACCUGCAGUAACCCGUCCCCGGCGGAACAGGACCGCAACAUCUACAUCCUCACCUUCACCUCCCCCAACGACAACCGCCUCACGCCAACCUUCAUCGACGCCUUCCUGCUGGCCCUCGACAUCAUCGAACACCGCUACCCCAAGGGCGUCGUGAUCACCACGAGCGGCAUCCCCAAAUUCUACAGCAAUGGUCUCGACCUCGAACUCGCGCAGUCCACCGAGGGCUUCGUCGAGAAUUGGCUAUGGAAGUUGUUUCGGCGGUUACUCACCUACCCCAUGCCAACCCUCGCCCUACUGAACGGGCACGCCUUCGCCGGCGGCCUCAUGCUGGCCAUGUACCACGACUACCGGAUCCAGAACCCCAGCAAGGGAUUCCUGUGCAUCAACGAGCUGGAGUUCGGGGUGCCGCUGCAGUCGCCCAUGAUGAGCGUCUUCCGGGAGAAGCUGUCGGCGACCGCGUUCCGCGACCUCGUGCUCGAGGCGCGGCGGUUCGGUGGGCCCGCCGCCUCCAAAGAGGCCGGGUUGGUUGACGGGUACGGCGGGCUGGCGGAGGCGGUGCAGUUCGUGCGCGACCGCGGGCUGCAGACAAAAGCCGCCACAGGGAUCUAUGGGAUGAUGAAGGAGGAGAUGUGGCGGCAGUCGUUGAGGAUUCUGGAUUCACAUGCGGAGAUGGUCGCGUGGAGGGAUCGCGUAGAGGAGCAGAAGGCUGAGGAGGAGGGGGCCGCGAGGGUGAGGGUGGAGGCUUGGGAGGAAGGGAUUAAAGCUAAGCUUUGAUUUUUUGAGGGGGAAGAUGUUGGUCGUGGUGUUGCUUGAACGUAGGUCCACGGUGUCUCUAACACUUGCUCUGUUUUGGUUGUUUCUCCGGCUAGAUGUGUUGGAUUAUAGGUAUCCAACACUUGAAUGUGAUAAAUGAAGCCGUAUACAUGUACAUUAUUCUUCGGGAUUCAUUGCUUACACUUCCGAUUUUGAACUCAGAC